AUGUCCCCUCCACCAAAGAAGAGGAUAGUAUUUACGGGCGGUUCUGGAGUCGCCGGACGUCAUGUAAUUGAGAAGUUGCUUAGCUUCGGCCAUGAGAUACUCAACGUGGAUGCGACACCUCUAGCCAAUCCCAAUGUACAUACUUUGAAGGCCGAUCUUACAGACGGCGCGCAAGCUUUCAACAGCCUGUCUUGUCACUUUAAGAUCAGCGAACCCUUCAUGGAGCCAGUUAAAACACCGGAUGUCGUCGUACAUUUUGCUGGUAUCCCCCAACCCAUGCGCCUCCCCGACAACGAAACCUACCGCAUAAACACCCUCAGCUCCUACAACAUCCUCGAAUCUGCCUGUAAGCUCGGCAUCCGCAAGAUAAUCCUCGCCUCCAGCCUCACCACCUAUGGCGUCACCUAUGCCGAAGGCUCCACAUCUUACGCCCACUUCCCUAUCACAGAGUCCACACCAACAACCCCCAUGGACGUCUAUGCCACUAGUAAAAUCUGCAUGGAAACUACCGCCGCGUCAUUUGCACGCCGGUUUCCUGGUGUAGAUAUUUACUGUUUGCGCAUCUCAGCUGUCAUCGAACCGGAGAAUCAUACAAAGAAGUUUGAAGCUUAUUUAACCCGGCCACAGGAUUUCAAAGUGCAUGCGUGGAGUUAUACCGAUGCGAGGGAUUUGGGUAAUAUGGUACAUUGUUGUUUACAGACGGAUGGGCUGGGGUACCAGGUUUUCAAUGCGGUGAAUGAUGACAUUACUAUCCCGGAGACGGAGGGCACGAGCGAGAAUUGGUUAAGGAAGAUUUGUCCCGAGACGGAGAUUUUGACAAGAAUGGGAGAGAGGGAGAGUCCGGUUUCUAAUAAGAAGAUGAAGGAUAUGUUGGGAUUUAGGGAGGAGUUUGGGUGGCGGAAGGUUUUGGGUAGAGAGGGGUAG